AUAUGUAUAGGUUUGUCAUAGGAGAACGAGCGCCGCCGGAAGUCUCCAGGAGAGGAGUCGUCUAUCGGGAGUUCCUCGAGAGCCAGACAUGGCGUUGAGCCGCGGCAUCCGAUCCGGGUUGAAGCUUUUGUCGCACUCCGAAGCCGCCCUUCCCAGAUCAGUGACCCAUGAAUUCCAUGCGACGAGCAUGAAGAGAAUGGGAGGGCAUGGCCAUGAUGAGCCCUUCUACAUUCAUGCUAAACACAUGUAUAACCUGGAUCGCAUGAAGCAUCAGAAGCUAAAGGUGACUCUGGGUGUGCUAUCUGCAUUCAGCAUCGGUGUGGUAGUUCCGAUUUAUGCAGUUAUUUUCCAGCAGAAGAAAGCUGCCUCUGGAUGAGAUUUGCAUGCAACCUAGGAAAAAUAAUGACUUUUGCUUGAUUUCCUCUAGUAUUUGUUUGCUGGAGACAUUUGCCUUUCCAUCGAUUUCUCUUAUGUUCUUCUCUAAAAAUUGAAAACAGAUUCCCAUAGUCUAUUGCGACUUGGUGAUUGUUUGCUUUUUUCUUCUUUGAUAAGGAAGGUUGGGUUUGUCUUUCA